UUUCACACAGUUUCAGAGCUAAAGUAUCUCACAAGAAAAGAUCAAAGAAUCAACUUUACUUUCAGUUGAAUUACAGUGCUCGUGAUGUAUAGUCGGAAAGUUGAUUGUGAAAUCUUUUACGAUCGUCGUGAAUCGAUCGGAAGUUCAAAGUCUUCUUCAUUUGCAAGUGAUUAUGGUAGUUCUAAAGAUGGCUCAUCAUCAUCUUCAGAUCAUUACAAUCCAACGUUACGUUUGUUACAAAUACCAAGAUCAUCGAACGGAUCGAUGGGCUUUCAUUUGACUCGCAGCAAAUGGGAUCCGUAUCCGUGGAUUAGUGCCGUGGAUAAGAAUACACCAGCAAAGUUUCAUGGCUUGAAGGCCGGCGAUUGUGUGUUAGAGGUCAAUGGAGAAGACAUCCUCGGUAUGCGUAUAUCGGAAAUAGCUGAUUUGGUUAAUUCUGAAACUAAGACUAUUGACAAUGUUGCUCUCCUCCUAUGGUCUCCUGGAAGUGAUAAUAAUUGUAAUCCAAGGAAUCUAUGUUGCGGACCGAUGCCGUUGAAUUUAGAACGCCUCACGGCGUUUACACAAACAAUCCUGGCAAUAAUCGAAUGUCCCGUCUGCUUGGAAACAAUAGCACCACCAAUUCUGCAGUGCCAGAAUGGUCAUAUCCUCUGCGUAAAAUGUCGCAUCCUUUCGCAUAUUUGCCCUGUGUGCCGGCAACAUUUCUACCCUGGUCGAUCCUUAGUUGCCGAACAGAUUUACAAUUCCAUCACGGACACAUUUAAUUUACGCAGCCCGGACAAAUUGCAGGGCUACAGUCGCGACCAACUCUUUGGAGCCAAAUACAAAAGGUCCUCAUCCAUAUCGAUAUCGACUUCGUUGUCGUCUGCGUCGACAGUGUCGAUAAAGGACGAAAGACGAUACCAACAACGACGACGAAGAAGCGAAAAGCAACAGAACAACGGCGACAUCCGUCUAAAAUCUACUCCCCCGCCACCAACGCCGCCGCUUGAAGUCAAUAAAUUCGAAUCACACCAAGCUUCGACAAAUAAAUUUCUGACCAAGUUACUGGGUAGAGCUUACUCAAUGGAUAACCUAAGCUCUUCAACCCGCCGCCACCACCGCUGCCGUAGACAAUCAGCGCCCCUAUUGUCUCUGACAAGGAUAACUAUUGGAAGAAUUGCAGAUGACAACGUUGGCGUUGGUAGCAAGGACAUCGAUGACUACAAUAUCGGCGAUGAGAACGUGGACGUGAACGGCGAUACCAAAGCCAAUUGGAAUAGCAGCGCUGCUGAUUUCAAUGAACAAUCAGAGGUCACAAAUUUAUGCAGACAGUCCACCUUCGAACCACGACGACCAACUUUGAUUUCAAAACAGUUCUCCUUAUCGGCACACGAUUUAUCAAAAAAGGAUAACGACGGAUUAAUAGCCAUCCAGCAGCAACACGAGCGUCUUUCAAAAAACCGCCUACAGUACCUUUGGCUCGAACGUAGUUCAGUUCAAAUGACCAUUCUUCCAUCAGUUUUGCCAUUGCUGGCAGGAGCAGUGCCACCACUCCUCUCGUCCUCCGAACUAGGCCCACGAAAAAUAUCUCUUGGUAGUGUUCAACUUUUGAAGGAUGGACGUCCUUUAGAGCUGGAACCAGCUACAGUACAAAUAUCCUGUUGCAUAGCAGAGCAGGUCGUUUUCUUUUGUCCAUUCAGUUGUGGCAAGCAGUUUAGCGGACCAGCCUUACACCAACAUAUCAAAGUGGAUCAUUCUGCACCAAUUUUAUGCUAUAACAGUUCAAGUGCCGAACUUGCUUUGCCUUUGAGAGCUCCACUCGAUAAAGCUGCAGUACUUUUGAUGUGCGACGGCAAGGAUUUCUGGAUAAAAUUAAGGACACAUGGAGAGAAAAACAUUACCGCCUUUGCAGUUUUUCAAGGACCUGAAGAUGAAAGUUCAGAUUUUAUGAUGGAAACUCGAUUAAGAAAUCAAAUCGACAAAGAUCAAGAAGUUGACGAAGAUGACGACGACAACCAAUGCUACCAUCCUAAAGCUAAUGCCAAUGACGACGACUAUGUCAAAAUUGUCGUCAACAAUGAUAAUGGGAUACUUGAACGGGAACUGAUAACGAGGUCAAUUGUUCGUUCAAUGAAUGUUGCAACGUGGGAGUAUACUUCUUAUUUUGAUGUCGAUGAUGGUAGUAGUAGAAGUACUGACAAGAAUGAGAAAUUUAGAGAUAUUUUAUAUAAUCAAAAAGAUAUUCAAUCGACAUUUGGUGAAGCAAUUGAUUAUCGGAAUCUUUUACUUAAAAUUAUCAUUAAGAAAAGAUGAAAGUGAAGGAGGAAUUCAAAGGUGCAAGUGAAAAUAAAUUAAUUUAUUUUUUUUUUA